UGUGAACAGCGUCGAGUGUUGUACCGGGCCGCUCUCUCUCUCUCUCUCUUACAAGGGUGUCCCUCCCCCUCUCUCUCUCUCUCACUCCACCAGCUCCUCGUCAUUACUGCCAGCACGCGACACACACAAACACAUGCACUCGCUACACGCCCUCUUACCCCACACGCCUCUUCCAUGGCACUCGGAGACCUUAAAUAAGAACAUAAAAUUCUCGUUAAAUGGAUGAUGAUAUAACACUGUAAAAUAUUAAUAAGGACAAACAUUAAGUGACACAGUCCGAGCAGAAAACUGUAUUAGAUAUUUGUAUGGGGGAAAUAUUUGAUCUGUUAAGCUGUUGAUGAGUCGUUGAUACAUAUUGAGACACAAACGAUUGAUAUAUACAGCACAGUGGAGCGAUGAUGGGUAGGGGUAACGAGUGGUGUCGCUGUCUGGUGGCGGGUGUGGUGGUACUGUGUGUGGUAGGCUGUGGUAGUGCCCUCAGCCCUUCUGUUGCCACUACCACUACCACCACCACCACCACCACCUGCCCCCCGGAGGAGCUCACCGUCUACAGGGUCACGAUGGAGACUCACUGGAGCCCGCGAGACUUCCCCAAGCAUUACCCGGAGUGGCGACCUCCUGCCCAGUGGUCCAAGUUGAUAGGCAUGAGUCAUGACCGCAGCUACGUGUUGUUCCGGGCGGGGGAAGUCGCCGACCCAGCCGUCAAGACCUUCUCUGAGACAGGCAGGAGUGACCUUAUUGACCAGCAGGCACAGGGAGAAAACGGGGUCCUGGAUGCCUUCAACACUCCACCCAUCACACAAGGCGUGGGCACGGCCGAGUCUCACUUCUUCGUGGAUGGGAACCACUCUAGGGUCUCCCUCAUCUCCAAGAUCGUCCCGUCACCUGAUUGGUUCGUGGGCGUGGACAGCUUCGAGCUUUGUGAGGAUGGCAAUUGGGUCGACAACGUGAAGAUACAGGUUGACCCGCUGGACGCUGGCACGGACAACGGGCUGACCUUCACCUCGCCCAACUGGCCAACGAGCCCGGCCGAGAGGAUCUUCCGCAUCACGUCCAAGUAUCCCGACCAUCCGGCCCAUUCCUUCUACUACCCCACCUUACACCAUCUGCCCAGGAUCGCUACCUUCACCAUCAGUAAGACGAAGGAGUACACACUGAGUGAACACAUGGACGCCGCGACUCACACAGCCUACGACGUGGUCAAGCUGGAGGACAUCGCCUACAAGCACUUCGGAGACGAGGCGUCCACGGGCAGCGAGUCACGGGGUGCACGCAACGGUGACCGCCAAGAUGACAACAGGAUUAAGAAUCGUGUGUCAUAUGUCACUUCUGUCCGCACCUUCACGCCACGAGUCACGACCAGCCCAACAACUACCACCUCCAUCUCCACCACCCCAAUGCCUACGACCACCAGCGCCUCUCCCUUCCACGCUCACCAUAGGCACCACAGGCCCCAGGGAGAUCCUUACCCCACACCCGUCUGGCCUGAGGCGGUGACGGAGCCUGGGGUACACAACUCUCUGGAGAAUGCCAUCCCUCCACCCAAGACUGCUGUACCGUCAUCUAGAAGGAUAUCAGUCAUGAGCAACUCUGUAGAGGCAGAGGAGGAGACGGAGGAGGAAGAGACAAUACUCGAGGAGGAAGAUCAAGCCAUACAGAUGGGCAGCAAAAAGGAUCUAGGGAGCAUCACCCAGAACCGUAUCCCCUCAGGCAACGCCAUGGCCGUCAUUGAUGAUAUCGUCAAGAACUACCAGAAGGAGCAGCGUAAAAAGCGGAGGAAGCAGAGGAGGAAACAGAGGAGGGAGGAGAGGAGGAAACGUAGGAAUGGCCUCAAGAAGAUCCGUCCACCCCGUGACUGCCGUGUGUCAGAGUGGUCAGAAUGGUCUCCCUGCAGCAAAACUUGUGGUAUUGGUGAACAGACAAGGACUAGGACCAUCCUGAAGCACGCCCGCCGAGGAGGGAAGGUGUGCCCUGUCCUAGAUGAGACCACUUGGUGUGGAUCUGCCCGAGCCUGCCCUAGGAACUACUUCAACUGGUCCUAAAGUGAAAUGAGAGGAGCUGAGUCAUACUGAUCCUGAGAUGGUCUGGGACCGACAAAGGAAGAGAUUGGUGUAAAUGCCUGGAUGCUGCCCAGCCUGAUGUUUACUGAUAAGAGAACAUCUGGCUCAUGGAAGUGAAGGAUAUUUUUAUUCAUAUUUUGCAAAAAGAAGAUUUAUAUAUUUGUUUUUAAUAUUACUGUAACAUUAAUAUUAUCAUUAGACUUGACACACUUGGACUGGUUAUCAAAGGUCGUCCACAAUAACUUGCAUUUGAGACUACAGUACUUUAGUGAAUUAUUAUGCUAUACUGUAUUGGCUCAAUAUUAGUAUAGUUUGCCUCGUGAUUUUAGAAGACUGAAAACAUGUUGGAUGUCGAGGUGAGAGGAAGAGAGUAGUGGUAUAAUAUUUACUGACAGGCAAAACAUUUUUUGGGUAAUUCAAAGAUGAGACAAAACAAGAAACGUGUUAAUGUAGUUACCAAGAUAGUUUUUUAUGUAGGUUCAAGUGUUCAUAGUGAGAGUAACCAUCCAUAUCAAUAUAGAUAUUGUAUAAAGUGUAUACAGGCUGUAGGUCAUUGAGUGUCAAGUUCCCUGUGUACUGAGAAAGUUGUCUUGUGUUGAUCAGGGUGUAUGAGAGACGCUCUAGAAAUAUAACACAAAACUAAAUCACUUGUUAAAAGGUUUGUUGCAUAGCUCAAGUUAUUCACUGGUACACUUUGGGCUGCCCGUGCCCUACACUUAACACACUGGUACACUUUGGGCUGCCCUUUGCCCGACACUUAACACAAAAGUUUUCUUGUUUCUUCAUUAACAUGGUUAUUAUUUGUCAACAUUGAAGCUUAAAAUUUCGUAUACAAAAUCACAAAACAUCAUCGUGAAUACAACCCCAAUCAUCACUCGGCUAUCUGUCCAAACGUCCUCCCUAAUUACUGUACUGUACUGUGUUCACGUUUUUUUCUUCUUGUAAGUCUCAAAACCACCACCUCCACCCAGUCAAACAUUAUUUUUUUUAAAUCAGUUUCUCACUCAGAAUAUUUUUUGCGUGGACCAAAACCACUCAUGUACUGAUCAGUCUUUAUUUCAUCCUCAAGUCUUAUUGGAGAUAUUCCCUCACAGUUCAGUUAUGUCUGGAGGUUAUCUUUUUGUACUCACAAUGUUAUGCCAUUUCUCAUCAUUAUCCAAUAAACUAUUAUGAUAAAGAAGGAUAUACUGUAGCUGUCUCAUAGUGUUCUAUUAUUUUUUGGAUGAACUAGUCUCUUGCACGCUAACGAUCAACACUAUAAGAUUCCAUUACUGAUAAGGCUGAUAAAAUAGACAGUCUUACAUUUAGUGGUUCUUGACCUUUCCAACAUGAUAACUAUGUACCGGGAACCUUGACCUUUUCAACAUGAUAACUAAUUGCCGGGAACUAAUUUCAGUGAACCAUCAGCUCUUGGCUAUAUCAGGGCUACUGGUCGGGACUUGGUUUAUACCACGGCAGAAACUCAUGUCUGCCCAUAUACUGAUAUUCAGUCUUGCUGCACACAGUAACGUUGCAAUAAAAUAUCAGCAGCAACCAUGGUUUUAAAAGACGAGGUGUAUGGCGUCCUCAGAAUGUUUUGUUAGGAAUCAUUAGGUAUAAUGAUAGACAAUAAUAAAGAUCUUAUUAAUGUAUUCAGUGUAGUCCCUUUUAGCACGAUUUUUGGAGAUUGUAAACCAUUGUGGGAGUCUCCGCUUACCCGUGCCAACUUCGAUGAUGAUGACGAUGAUAAACGCUCUGCAUAUUGUGUAUAUGUUGCUUCUGUCUUCACCCUGCCAGAUGAGGGAGACCGGGACGUGCUCGAGGCAGGUCAUGUGUUGUUGUCUCUCGUUAGUCGACAACUCCCUCAUUCAUCUGAACUUGCCAGUCGAGAUUUAGACUGAAGUAAAUAAUAAUUCAAAUAUGAUUUCAUGAUGGAUCAAAGAGGAUCCUCUUAUGGGCCAAAUAGGAACUUAUAAUAAUGUGUUUGUCUCUUAUUUCCUGCUGACAAAUCGUGAGAGCUGAACGAGUCAGCUGCAGGUUACCUGAAUUAUCUUCAUGAGUACAGGGUUUAAAAAAGAAAGUACUUUUUCCUCCUCGAGUACGUCCUAAGGAAAUCUGGCAAUAAUGUAGUAGUAUGCUUAGCCUACUGGUGUAGUACUAGCAGGGGCGAGACCAACGAUGUCGGGGUCGUGAGUCCAUCUCCACCACGUCAAAGUUUAUAGUGUUUGGAAGACUAAAGAAUAACGGAAGAUGAUGAAGCUCGACUCACCUUCGUUGUAUACUAAAGACUAUAUAGUCUUUGGUUGUAUACCGUCGCCUAAAUCGUUAUGUAACUCUUCUUCGGUGUAACUUAGGGGGAUCAUUUAAUCGCAGACUGAAGUUCAUGCUUUUUGCUUAAUUAUUUUCAUUUUCUAUGAUGUGAACUAAUAAAUCCAUUUACAAGGGCUACUGUUAUAAUUAUUAGAGUGUCAAGCUGUAAAGGUACGAUAGCAUACAAAUGGAUGAAAUUCCAUAUACAUAUAACAUAUGUAUUGCAAUCUGAAUUUUGGAUUUUCCCCCGUGGCAAACAAUGUCUUUUCACAGACAUAAAAUUUUCACAAAAUCCAUAUUGUAAAUAAUUUGUAUAUAUAGAUAUUGAAUUAUGAGAUGAAUUAACUGGAUCCCACUAUUGUAUGUAACUUGUGUGUGCUGAGGCAUCAAGCAGGAGUCUGUUAGUGGCCUGUGUUCUGUGACGAUUGUCUUGGAGUUGGGUAGAUUUUCCAUUUUCUUUUAUCUUUACUCCUUCCCCACUCUUGUGCGGGGUGGAUCAAGGAGUAUAGAAACCUCAAGAAACGGAGAGGAAAUGACAAGGAAGAGCGGAACAGGACAGGUGUCUCCCCCUCUCUCCCCUGAUAUUUUCUACCAUUUCUAUACCAGUUGGGGCAUAAUAUAUUGUACUAGUUAAGCAGGUAAUUUCCAGAACCAUUACCAAAGUGACCAUUUGACCUUGAUUUAUAGGUAUUUUAUACAGUGUGUGAUGAUUUUGUGGAGGUUAUCUGUAAACCCCAACACGAGUAAUAAUCAUAGUGACCUAACUCAGAGGUUCAAAGAGAGAGAGAGAGGAUUGGUGUUAAUCGCAGUUUCCAGUUAUAAAUACUGUAGUCAAUUCUCUCUUUCAUAGACAUCUCCAAUCCACCCCAAGAUAUUAAGGGGCUCGUUCAAGAGUUUAAGUUCACAUGAUAAUGGUUUUUUAGUGGAUAAUGACUAGGAGAUAUUAAGAGUGUUUCUAUGGGUUAAAAAUUCAGUGUUACGCCAACCUGAACCUUUUAAGUUUGGGGGUGACUAUACUGGUUAUUAUGACACUUCUUUGGGCCUCAUAGUCACACGAUAAACGUCUCCUGUAUACACACACGAGCGCUCCAAGAUCAGCAUCGUGAGAACUCUAAAGUCCUGCAUUGGCCCUUUAAGGAGUGUGUAGGAUUGUGUGGAUAAGUGAGAGUGGUUAGCAUGAGUGAGGAGUAUCAUGUAGUACAGUAUACAGUAUAUAUUUUAGGGUUAGCAGUGUCGGUAUCUUUACCAAUCAAUCAAACUAAAAAAAAAAUGUUGGUUUAUACUCCUUAUUCCUUAUGGCAAAAAUCGUUUUAUGACAGAGGUACUAUACGAAAUUCACCUUUCAAGCACAUUUGAGAACUCCACUGCCAUGUUUAUUCCUAGACAUUAUGAAUUACACCUAAAGGAUUUUGAUAAGAUAAAUAAACAGGAUGAAAUCAAGUUUUCAUACAAUAUAUGUACGUUUUUUUAUUUGAGAUUAGUGUAGUAUGUGCUACAUCCAAUUUUUCAUAUCAAGAGUAUAUCUUAUGGUAUAAAGGCUGCUAAAGUUGCAUUAUUUGUUACUGAGAUUCACUAAUGUUUUGAUACAAUGUUGAAUAAAUAGGCAAGCAGGCCAAUGGUAGAAAAAACACCACGAUUAAGACCGCUGAACCCCUAUAUUUUUUGUUUAAACAGAUGACUGGAAUCUUACGUAACCUAACCUCAAGAUCCUAGAUUAGGUAAGGUUGUUGAUUCAUGUUGCUUGAAAAAUACAUGGUUCGCUGUUCUGUUCGUGAUAAUAUUUUUUUUUAAAUUAACUAUUUUGCGAAUGAAUAAAAUUGGAGUGAAUGUUACAAGUGAGGCGGUGAUUCACGGAGCGUCUCGGUUACAGGAAAACCACACACACACACACACACACACACACACACACACACACAUUAUAACAUUAUUUUUAUAUCAACAGCGUGAAGUGUAAUCAUGGUCUAACAAGGUACACACAAGUUGAUGUUUUCUUUCACUUGAGACACAGGCGACUGAAAGCUGUAUAUUAAGUCACAAUUUCUGUGUUGUUUAUAAUGUGGUAAUGGCUUUGGUGUGCGUGUACGGCUGGAUAACUCUCUUACAGAUGUCAUAUCGCAAUAUACAUGUAAGAUCUAAUAAAAUUGAUGUUGUGUA